AUGAGUCAUUCAUAUAGUCAUAAUAACUUUUCUUUAGAUGAAAAUGAUGAAGGAAAAUUAAUUCCCAAUAAAAAAAACAUAAAUGGAUUCAUAAAAAUCUACCCUAAAAAUAAAAGAAAUAGUAAUACUUGUGAAAAUAUCAGAACAAAAAGUUUAAACAUAAAUAGAAGAGAAUGCAAAAAUUAUAAUAGAAAUUAUACAACAAAUAGCAUGAGAAACUCUAGAUUAUUAAGUCAUGAAUAUAUAGAUGAAAUUUUGAGAAUUGAUAAAUAUAUACAGCACCCAUAUAGCAUAAAUAAUAAUUAUGAUAAAAAAAAGUGGAUAAAUGCUCAUAAUUUGAGAAAUAGAAUGAAAGAAUAUGAUAUUAUGACGAGAAAAAAAUUAUAUGAAAAUAACAUUAUUAAUAAAAAAGCAAAAUUUGAUAGAGAAAGAUAUGUCAUUUUAAAUAGGAUCCCUAUAUUCAGAGAGGCAUUCCCUAUAGAAAAAGACCCAUCAGAUAAAAAUAAAGAAGCUAUAAUUCGUACUUAUUUAAAAACACAUGCUUCAUAUUUACUUUCAGAAAGUAAAAAAAACAAAAAGAAUUUCAGAAAAAAAAAAAAAUUUAAUAAUUCAUCAAACUUUUACGUAGAAAAAAACAAUCCAUUUAAUUAUAUUAAUUAUAAACAAAAUAAUAAUAAAUUUUCAGAAAAUUAUAAAAAUGGAGAUUCAUCUUAUAACUUACAGAAAAAAAAAAACAAUGAAAAAAUAAAAAAUAGAAGUAAGACACCAUUUACAAAUAGAAAUUUAAAUGAUUGUGAAAUUGUAAUAAAUGGAAUAUAUAAUAAAGUAAGUAAUGUAGAUGAAAGAAGAAAUUUUCCUAAAACUAGUUCUAGACAGCUUUCUGAUAAUCAUAGUACAAAUAAUAAGAUACAUCUAAACAUAAAAAAUUUUCCAAAAGGCCUUUUUAAUGAUAAUGAAAAAAGAGAAUCUUGUGAAUGGAAUUCAAAUAUAACAAAAAUAAAUAUGUGUAAUUCUAAUAACAUUAGGAAUUCAAAUAUUUAUGAUUAUUCAAAUGAAUGUAAAAAUAAAAACACUAAUGAUAACUCAGAGAGAAAUACAUAUUAUGAGAUAAAUUCACGUGACAAUUUUUCUAAUCAGUCUAAUUAUACUGAUGAAUGCUUAACUAAAUUAUCAGAUAAUUCAAAAGAUUUCUAUACAAAAAAUAAUAUAAAAAAUGAUAAUAUUUUUAAAAAAGAUAGAUAUUCUUUAUUAGGAAAAAUUAAAAAUAAUAAAGAUGUGAAAGUUAAGCUAGUUUUAAAUAAAGUAUGA